UUUCCAACAACUCGUCACCUCUCUCAUCUCUCUUUCACCUUACACACACCACCUCCAUCUCAAUCUCUCAACCUCUACCUCCCCCCCUCACGCCCCUCCUUACGGCCCCUACGUGACCCGCUCCGACCGCCCCUCUUCCCGUGGACACUUGUUCAGGCAGGCCCCACACUGAACAAAUCUAAUCACAACGUUUGCCGCCGCCGCCACCGCCCACCACCACCUCACGACCAUGCCAUCGGCCACGCUCACGGCCCCCUCGUCGCCAGGCCGCACACGGUCCGUCUCGCAGCCGCUGCGCGAGGGCGUAGAGACCGACUUCUUCCAGUACAUGACGCUCCAGCCAGACAGUGGCAAGGGCGGCAACCCUCGCGCCAACUUUGCCCGCUCGCUGUCGUCCAACGCAGUCGGACAAGGCUCGUACGGCCGCUCGUCGGGCACGGCAACCCUCGCUAGCCUCGCAGUCCAGGUGCCCCGCAGCAAGGGCCGCGCGCGCUCCGGCUCGCUCGUGACUGUCACCGAGGUCGGCACGGACGAACCAGGCGUCAACGACCGCCUGGGCAACGCAACCAACCCAAACGCCGCCUGGGUCAAUGCACCGGGCGCCUGGGUCAUCCACCCCGUGCUUAUUCUCGGCGCAAAGAUCCUCAUCGACGCUCUCCCAGGCAUGACUCAGGACGUCAGCUGGACCAUUGUCAACCUCGGCUACAUUGCGCUUUCUUUCCUCAUGUUCCACCACGUUACCGGUGUUCCAUUCGAGUCGUCGGUGUCCGCCGGCGGCGCUUACGACGACCUCACCCUCUGGGAGCAGAUUGACUCGGGCGCACAGUACACGCCGGCCAAGAAGUGGCUGACGAGCGUUCCCAUCGGCCUGUUCCUGAUCUCGACCCAUUACACGCGCUACGACUACACGCUCUUCGCGCUCAACUUUGCCGCACUCGUCUUUGUUCUCUUCCCAAAGCUGCCGAUUCUCCACCGUUUGAGGUUCCAGUUCCUGGACUAUGCGGUCACAGGCGAUGGAAUCAACACGCCCGGCCCAUCGCGUCCAUCUUCGCCCGGCCCAAAGCUUUCUCGAUUCUGAAACUCUGCAAUGACGACCCGUCUUCCCUCCCCUCCCCCUAGACGCAUUAUGCACUCAUCUCGCGCGGUUUAAUCGGCUCCAUAGAGCCACCCUCACCCACUGAUUAUGCAUCAAAGUACAUCGC